GGAUGACGUAGUACACUAUAAACAAAAGAACCUCCACCAUCGUCGUCUUCCUGCAUGUGUCGAGGAGGCUUUGGUUUGAUCGGUCUCUGUGUUUCUAGAUCUAGAUCUAGAUAUAUAUCUAGUAUAUUCUCAAUCUGUUUCCUCAAAAUGCCAAAGGUUGUUUCAAAGAGCGUCGUUUGUACUGAUACCAAAGAUCAAGAAGAGUAUCAGGGAGAAAAGCCUCUGUAUGUGUACUACUGCUUGUGCGGACAAAUGUCCCUAAUUUUGGACUGCCCGACAGAGAAACUGCCUUUGAGGAAACGUGAUGGAGCCAGGGUCAUUGACGGGCAGAAACACGCUCACAAGCUGACCUGUGACCCUGACGAAAUUGUCUACAUCAAAAGGGCCGAAGGAUUGGAAAAGCAGUACAGGCAAAAGUGUAAAAGGUGUGGGCUUCUCCUGUACUACCAUCACCAAGGCAACAGCUCAGUCAUGUUUAUCGUCAACGGCGCCCUGAAACGAGAGAGCGAGGGCGUCCGCACCGAUGUCUACAGCAAGCUCAGCAAACCCAAGAAGGUGACCUUGACAAAGCACACAAAGAACAUGGGCAAGUUCAGCUCCGUGACUGUCUCCACGGUGGAUGAGGAGGAGGAGGAACUGGAGGCUAAAGAGAUUGCGGACUCUUACGCUGCGAAUGCCAAGGUCAUUGAGAAGCAGCUGAUGCGGAAGGGCAUGAGCAAGAGAAAGUUGAUGGAGCAGGCUGAGGAGGAGGCAAAGAAGAUGAGACCCAAGGGAACUUUGAUUGACAAGUGAAACUGGACAUCUAUUGGCUUGUGUGUGUGUGCGUGUGUGUGUGUGUGUGUGUGUGUGUGUGUGUGUGUGAGAGUGAGAGAGAGAGAGG